CUGCUAGCGUCACAUGCAUACCGGAAGCAGUCAGGUGGAAUACCGGAAAUUCCUUUUGUUGACCAUCGGAUAUUUGUUUUUCGGCCCUUUUCAGGAACUAUUAACUAGUUGUUUUUGUGUUCUUUUUUGUAUUGAAUUUUGGCGCGUUGACAACAGAGUUAUUACUCGUGUUGGACUGGAGGGCUCCAUAUAGACACCAAAUCAUUGUAGUGGGGCCCGAGGCUGGGCUAACUGUAGCCUAGCAUUCAGUGAAGUCCUGCUAGCCAGCAUUAGCUUGUGUUAGCUGUCAGUGUAGCUGGGUUAUAAGUCAGCCGUUCACUCAUUUAGGUUAACUCAUUGAUAAGAACGGUGAAAACAAAAACAAAAACAUACAAACCAUGGCAGUUGUCAACGAAGCUGUCCUGAAGAAAAUGCUGAAGCAAUACAAAUACAGGGAUCUUACUGUUCGUGAGAUAACCAAUGUCAUCAUCCAGUACAAGGACUUGAAGCCAGUCAUGGAUGCUUAUGUGUUUAAUGACGGCUCCACAAGAGACCUGAUGAGCCUGACAGGAACUGUCCCAGUGAGCUACAGAGGCAAUAUCUACAACAUACCAGUGUGUCUGUGGAUGCUGGACACGUAUCCCUACAACCCUCCCAUAUGUUUUGUCAAACCGACCAGUGCCAUGAUGAUCAAAACUGGCAAGCACAUCGAUGCCAAUGGCAAGAUCUACCUGCCUUAUCUACAUGAGUGGAAGCAUCCUCAGUCAGACCUGUAUGGUCUGAUUCAGGUAAUGACUGUGGUUUUUGGAGAGGAGCCUCCUGUGUUUUCUCGCCCCACCACACAAGCCCCCUAUCAAGCGUUCCAAGCAGCCGGACCCCCUAACCCUUCCUAUAUGCCUGGCAUGCCUGCAGUCUCACCCUACGGCCCAAAUCCUAGCCCAGGAGGCUAUCCGGGAUACCAAUACCCAGCGGGCAACUCUUACCCAGCCACUGCUGGACCUGCACACUACCCCACCCAGACUCCAGUUUCCACAGUGGGCCCGAACAGAGACGGCACCAUCGGCGAGGACACCAUCCGUGCAUCUCUGAUAUCCGCUGUGAGUGACAAGCUUCGCUGGAGGAUGAAAGAGGAGAUGGAUAGAGCUCAGGCGGAGCUAGAUGCCCUGAAGCGAACAGAGGAGGAUCUGAAGAAAGGACAUCAGAAACUGGAGGAGAUGGUCUCAAGACUGGACCAGGAAGUGUCUGAGGUUGACAUGAACAUCGAGCUGCUGAAGAGAAAGGACGAGGAGCUGAGUGAGGCCUUGGAGAAGAUGGAGAACCAGUCGGAGAACAACGACAUCGACGACGUCAUCGUGCCCACAGCCCCGCUGUACAAACAGAUCCUGAACCUGUAUGCUGAAGAAAACGCUAUUGAGGACACUAUCUUUUACCUCGGAGAAGCCCUUCGCAGGGGCGUAAUAGACCUCGAGGUGUUUCUUAAGCAUGUUCGCCUUCUGUCCAGGAAGCAGUUCCAGCUCCGUGCCCUCAUGCAGAAAGCCCGCAAGACUGCCGGUCUGAGUGACCUCUACUGACCCACGCUGACUACCAGGAAAUGUUCAUAUUUUCACGCCCUCUAAGUCGCUUCCUUUUCCUCUUCUGUUUUAUUCCCCCUUUUAAUGUCUUCUUGUAGCUCUCCUCUUUUUAAUCUAAAAAACAAUCUUUUCUCGUGAGACAGAAAUCUGAACAGCAACAACAGAGAACGAUUGGAAACACAACCAUCAUGAAGAGCUGGGCUGUCCUGUGUUGCCACAGUUCUCAUAGGACAUCAUUUGUUUUUUUGAUCUGACCAAAUACUUCAUUGAGAUCAUUGUCAGUCGUGGCCCUUUUGCACCAAUAUUAAAUAAACGCCACUGUGACCACAUUGUGAACCAGGAACUGCGGUUGAAACUAAAACAUGCUUAGCGCUCAUGCCGUGUUGGUAUAAGUGAGGUGGGAGCUUAUUUUGUGUUUGUGGGUUGGCAUACAGUGAGUCAGUGUGUCGACCUGUAUAUGUUGCAGUGCAGGGGAGCCUACAGAUUCUGUUCACAGUCGCUUUCACAGACAUUUGUCGAGUAAGCACAAAUUGUUCGGAGCUAGCCGAGAGGGGCUUUGUAGCGAGAGCCCCAUAUGUCCACUGCUCUCAUAAUGAAAAGGUUACGCUCUGAUAUAAAUACCCAGGGCAACCUUUCAGGAAGGACAUGGGGUUCAGCCUCAGCAUUUAAUUCUGCAUGAAGUCUGGCUCAUGUUCAGUAGCCAUGGAGUCAAAGGGAUCACUUUUCAUACAGUAGAGGUGAUGAUGAACAUCGACGGGGAACUGUAUUUCUUCACUGUCUUCUUUGGGUCUUUUAAUGGGCUACAUUUCGAGCCCCCUUUCCAUUUGAUCACACUACUAUUUGUAUUUCCGGUUUCCCUGUGUCUCUUUCCGAGGGUUUGAGAAAGGUUCUGUGUGUCAGCUGCUCAGGUUCACCCUCCGGUCUGACUGCAUUAACCAGUCUAUCAUGUACAGUGUCUCUGUUGAAGGUGGAUGAGUCUUCACAGACUUUAUUCUAAGGUGUUUUCUUUUCCUUU